GUAAGUAUUGGGUUCCUGCGCCCUUUCCGCUUCCUGCUGGGCACUUUGACAGCUGCUGCCCGGAUGGCCAAGCAGACUACCUUCGGAAAUGCUACCGACUAUUGCUGUCAGUGCUUUGUGGACAUUUACGAGCAGCACUUUGAGAAGUUCUCUUCUCACGCAUACAUCGAGGUGGCUGUGUCUGCCCUGCCACUCCGAGAUGCCAGAAAACUGGCCAGCAAGAACAGCAAGCGCCAGGUAGCAGAGAUGGGCUCCCUGAAUGGCACCACCUUCAUCUUCCAGUUGAUUUGUGGGGCCCUGGUGUGGUGGGCGGGGUACUUCAUCGUAUAUCUGACUGUUGGAGGCUUCUUUCCAGGCCUUGAAGGCUAUGGUGACCCCCUCUCGGGCUACUACGUGGGCCACCCGGGUGUCUGGUCCAAUGUUGGAGGCAUCGUGUCAGUGGUGGUUGCUUUUCCCUACAUGAUGGUGUUCGAUGCUGCCUCCAACACCAUUCUAUAUUGCGUGCUGGUAGAUGUACUGCAGCAGCAAGAGAGGAGUGGUUUCAGGUUCUGGUCAAACAAGUGGUGGGGGUGGUGGAAGUCCAAUUCGGUUUGGAAGUGGUGGAAUGCCGAGGAGACCCCAAGAAACUCCAAUGUCAAACGCAACCUGCGAUCGCAGUGCUCUGGAAUCAGCAGCUCCAGCUCCAGCAGCAGCUUGUGGUCCAUGGUUACAGCCUUUUCAAGAGGGAGCUCCUCAUCAAGCAACAGUUGA